AUAACAUUCUCAGAUUUUGAAGAAGUGAGAAAGAGAUGAAGAAGGUGUUUGUUUUUGCGAUUGUGGCGGCGGUGGCAGUGGUGGCGCUGGAGGUGGCUCCGGCAGAGGGUGUGACAUGCAGCCCCGUGGAGCUGGGUCCUUGUCUGGCGGCAAUAACUUCGUCUUCUCCACCGUCAACUGCUUGCUGCCAGAAAGUGAGGGAACAGAGGCCAUGCCUCUGCGGUUACCUCAAAAAUCCAAGUUUUAAGAAUUAUGUCAACUCUCCUGGUUCCAGAAGGGUUGCUACCUCUUGUGGGGUUCCUUUUCCGACUUGUUAGUUAGUCCAAAGAACAUCAUGUGUUGUUACUGCAAACUUUGUCAUCUUCCGAUACCUUAAUAUUUACAAAUGUAAUAAACCUUCUGUUUCAUGAUGUUGCAUGUGUGAAUGAGAUGUUGAAGAAGUUAAUGGAAUAAAUUUGGUGUGUAUCUGGGUUCUUCGUUUUA